AAACUCCUAUAAAUACAGAGGUUCUGCCCACAUAUUGUCAGUCAAGGGAAGAACAUUGUGCGCAUCACACCGUCUCUUAUUACCUUCAGAGGUGCUGUCCUCAGUGUUAGUCAAGGGAAGAACAUCGUGGGCAUCAUACUAUCGCUUUAUUACCACUACUUUGAGAGAUCAAUUCACCAUGGCCGUAGACACAGCUGCCAACAACAAUUGGAUCAACAGUCUGAGGGCCAACUAUGCUCGUACUAUUGACAGACGAAGACAGGAUGAACUGGAAGCCGAAAAACCACCCACUUCAGCCAACAAGGUGGACCGCCUCCACUGGUACAUUAAGGAUAAUGCCAAAACCCACAGGACCAUCAAGUACGAUCUGGUGCACGACACAAAGGACCCCAAGCCAGUGUUGCGUCGUGGACAGGCCUUCUACCUGGCUAUUAGGUUCCACAAUGACUUCGAUAUUGCAAAGGAUCGUGUUGUGCUCAACUUUAAGUUUGGAGCUAAACCAGCAGUUCAGAAGGGAACAAUGGCUGUAGUAACUGUGGAGAAUGACAAAUUUACUAAAACCAAGAACGACUGGGAUUGUCGUAUUGACCCUGGCAGCCGGGGCAAAGAUCUUGUGUUGCAGAUCUACAUUCCAGCAACUGCCAUGGUAGGCAUAUGGCGCUUAGAUGUGCGCAGUGGUCUGCAGGAUAUAAGCCUUGGUCGAGCAAUGAACCUGUACUCUGAUGAAACUGAUGUCUUUGUUCUCUUCAAUCCUUGGUGCAAAGAUGAUGGAGUGUACAUGGAUAAUGAAACCAACAGGGAGGAAUAUGUGAUGAACGACAAGGGCAAGGUCUAUGUUGGCACUUACAGAAAAUCUCGUGGACGUCCUUGGGCUUAUGGCCAGUUUGACGAUGUGGUUCUUCCUGUAGCUGUGUACAUCCUGGAACUGAGCAGAGUGGCCGAUCCUGAACGUGGCAACCCAGUCCAGGUCGUACGAGGAAUUUCCGCCGGAGUCAAUGACACUGAUGAGGGAGGUAUCCUACAAGGUCGCUGGGAUGGCGAGUAUAGUGACGGUGUGGCUCCAUUCAAGUGGACCGGUAGUGUCAGAAUCAUGGAGGAUUUUGUUAAGAACGGAUAUCAGCCUGUGAAGUACGGACAGUGUUGGGUCUUCUCUGCUGUCGUUACUACAGUUUGCCGAGCUCUGGGCAUACCUUGCCGAUCUGUCACCAACUUUGUCUCUGCUCAUGACACCAAUUCCUCCCUCACCGUUGAUAAGUUCUUCAACACGGAGGGCAAAGAGCUGGAAGGUGGACCAGAUGGUGAGAGUCAUGAUUCCAUUUGGAAUUUCCAUGUGUGGAAUGAUGUGUGGAUGACAAGGCAUGAUCUUCCACCAGGUUAUGGAGGCUGGCAGGCUAUUGAUGCCACACCUCAGGAAGAAAGUGAUCACAAGAUGCAGUGUGGACCAGUAUCUUUGCAAGCCAUUAGACGUGGUGACAUCGGUCUAAACUAUGAUGCUUCAUUUGUGUUUGCUGAAGUCAAUGCUGAUGUGAUGCACUGGGGAGAGGACCCACAGAGUGACUGGGGCUGGCGUCGUAUGAAGAUGAACCAGUACCACAUUGGUCGUCUGAUCCUGACAAAGACCCCUGGUAAAGAGGACGAUGUUGGUGAUGAAGAUCAAGAAGAUAUAUUGAGUGAGUACAAGAAUGAUGAAGGUACUGAGGCAGAGCGCCUGGCUAUCCACAAUGCUAUUCGUGGAUCACAGAGAGCUCAGCAGUACUAUGAGUAUAACAAGGAUAUCAAGGAGGAUGUCGUCUUUGAUUUAAUAGAGAUUGAUAAAAUCUCAAUUGGUGAUGAAUUCCAAGUUAAGGUUGUGAUCCGAAACGAUUCUGAUCAGCAAAGAAAAGUCAGCGCUUUCCUCUCAGCCCAGUCUAUUUACUACACUGGUGUCAGUGCAUCCCUCAUUAAGAAGGCCGAAGGAACCUUCGUCCUCAAUCCUCAACAAUCUCGGGAUGUGUCACUGACAGUCAAGUAUAGUGAGUACUGGAAGAAGAUGGUAGAGCAGUGCAUGAUAAAGAUUUACACCAUUUGUUGUGUAAAAGAAACUGGUCAGACUUGGACGGAUGAGGACGACUUCCAAGUAGAAAAGCCCACACUAAAUAUUGAGACUCCUGAGGAAGUGCAGGUGAAGAAGAUGAGUGAAGCAACACUCUCCUUCACCAACCCACUGGAUGUGCCCCUCACAGAGUGUCAGCUCAGUGUGGACGGUGCCGGCUUAAUGCGUCCAAAAGCAAUCAAAAUUGAUAGUGUGGUGCCACCUAAGGGAGUGUUCAGUCACACUGUUCAAUUCCUGCCUCGCAUCCAUGGAGAACGUAAGAUCAUUGCAACCUUCAAUUCCAAGGAACUGUUUGACAUCGUAGGCUCGAAGACAGUCGACGUUAAGAAGGUAGCACAGUAAAUUUUCUGUGGUUACAAUAUCAGGUGUGAUUUGGAAUGAGAGCCAAAUUAAGGCGGUUGAAUAGUAUUAUUAUAUCCACAAAGAUGUGCCAAACCCUUAUGGGUCAUACAGCGAUGGCAGCUGAAAAGCUUUAAAUUUAGUGUCAUAUGUUGGAAAUUAUCAGAAGGAUGUAGCAUGAAUAUUAUUAUUUAAAUUCACUGCUUUAAUGUAUUUACCAGUUGGCCACCAUAUCAGUUUUGCCUUGGAGUAAAAGUGAAGUCCAAUGCUCAUGUAAGUCCUAGUAAAGGAGGUCUCCAACUUACAAAUGCCAUAAAUUACAUACAUCUGCACUUAAAAAUGCCAUAAAGUACACACAUUUGCACUUGUAAAUGCCUUAAGUUACAACUGCACUUACAAAUGCCACAAGUUACACACUCCUGCCAUACAUAUACAUGUACUUACAAACGAGGUACAUGGUAGCAGUUCAAGUUUUACAGCAGUGUCACUAUCUUGUGACACUGCAUAGUUAUCCUUUGUAGUACAGUGGACCCCCGGUUUACGAUCUGCUCCCAAUGCAACCAAUUAUAUAAAUGUAUUUAUGUAAGUGCGUUUGUAUGUGUAUGUUUAGGGGUCUGAAAUGGACUACUCUAAUUCACAAUAUUCCUUAUGGGAACAAAUUCAGUCAGUACUGGCACCUGAACAUACUUCUGGAAUGAAAUAAUAUCGUAAACCGGGGGUCUACUGUAUGUACGUAUUGUUUUUUGUACAUCAACUCUUUUGUAAAUGAGAAACAGGAAUGCAACUCAGUUAUAAGUUAGAAACCUAUCAUUCACAUGGUAUAAAGGCAUCAUUCAAAGCAAACAGUUAUUUAUAUACAAUAAUUCAAUCAGAGUAGACCUUUACUUAGUAAAAUGCCAUCUGUAAAUACGAGUUUGCUGUACACAUAGUGGUUUUUACCGUAUUUUCUGGCGAUAGUUGCCACCAAACUUGCUAUAUGUGUGUUUAUAUUGAAGGUAAAGUGAAGACCCCUACAUCAUGGUGGGAAAACAACAGUUUUAACAAGGACCUUAUAUGAACAUGUCAUGUAUAUUUAGCAGCUGAAGACCUUCUAUAAAAACGUUUCACCUACAGGAGGAACUGUUAAGCACUUUAAAAAAAAAGAGCUAUUAUUUAGACAUUGUGUUGUUAUCAGUAUGUCUAUUAUAAAGUAUGGAUAAUACACUUAACUCUCGUUAUAGAAGGUUGCAACAAUGAAAGUCUUCCGUCUUGCUAUACCGAGCAUGUCUUUCUCCACUCAUACGCCAACCACCAAUCCUAAAUUGCCUUAACACAUCUUACUCUGUAGGAAGUCACUUGCUUAAGAGAAUUACAAAAAUUCCUUUGCAGUUGUUCUCUUAACAUUCUAAAUCACACAUUACUGAGUGACAGAACAAAUGAUACAGUGAAUAAUAUAAAAGUUAUUCUCACUUUAAUGCUUCUCAUAUUGCAAUGAGAUUCAUAAAUGCAAUUCAUAACACAGUAUCAAAAUAAGAGAUGUAUGUGCCUUUCCAGUCAUGUUUUUAGAAUAUCAUAUAUGCAUUACAAAACUAUUUGUAUUUUUAAUGAGUUAUUACAUUAAAGUGGGAUGUUUUCAGUCAUAGAUAUUGGGCUGCUUUUAUUGUCAUUAAUACAUGACCUUUAUUAUGCUUACAUUAUUUAUAUACUAUAUUGAAUUUUAUUGUAUCUCUCUUUUAAACAUAAAUCAGAAUUUAGAUUUACGUGCAUUAUGGUACAAUACUCUAUAUUGGUACCAUUUUGAGUUGUAAACUAUAUCACCCUCUACUUAUUUUAUCUUUUUAUUUACGUGCAUGAAAAGGCUUAUCAACUAUUUUUCUUGCAAUAUAUUUAUCUUUAAAUGCCUAAUUAUUUGAUGCUGAAGCCUUUUAUGAGGAUGGAAUUUCAGUGCUAGAUCAUCAAAUUCCUUUUAUUUGUAAUGUGUUUAGAACUCUUUGUAAUAGUGUUAGUACUUUUAAAUAUAUCAAUACUAGCAUAUGCAAUUUGCAACUAUAGCUUUUGUGGUGAAUAAGAUGGAAUUUAGAUUUCUGGACAAAGUUUCACUGAAGCAGCUAAGGGAAUUGUUUAAAAUAUAAGUCUUGCAAAAUAAAUUGCUAUGGCAGCAAAUUGUUCAUUUUUAGUAAGUAAAGUACUGUACAAUACUGUAUUCUCAAUACACUAGACGCACUACAGUAGGAGGGUGCUGCAAAUACAGCACCUAUUGUCAGUGUUCCAUGUUUUUGUUGGCUUUCAGUUGAGCCAUUGUUCCACCUGCUGGUGACAAUUGUUGGCUCAAUCUGAAGCCAACGAGAACAUGGAACACCGAAAAAAAGGGGUUGCGUUUACAGUAUUGUGGCUAGAACAAUAACUACCCAGUAAUUUGAGGACAAAACAAUAGAUGACGAUUCAAUUCAUCCUGGACCACCAUCAGUUCCACUUGCGAUGGCUAGUCAAGGACGGAUCAAAAUGUCAUCUAAAAGUUUGUUGCCAUUUAAUGGUUUCGUUGUGGAUAUACAUAAGUACUGUAUAGAGCACUUACCUUCUGUUACUCAUUUAUAUUUUAUAAAAAUUAAAGAUAUUUGUGUUGGUGCUCAUUCUUGAUUUGGAAAAAAUGUGCCUUUGCUAAAAAAAAAAAAAAAAAAAAAAAAUUUAAGGUUUUUGAGUUUUUUAAGAAAAAUCUAGAUUUGAUAUUUUAUAUAAUGUUUAGUAUAGCAAGUUUGUCUAUAAUAUUCUUGAAAGAUAUAAAAAAAAAUUGUAUAUCUUAUUUGUUAUAAUGUGAAGUGAUAGAAUUUUAAGUAGUGGAUUUUAGAAGAUUUAUAUAAAUAAUUUAUAAAUAAUUUGUUAAUGGAUAAAUAGAAUUUACCAAAAAUUUUUUCAGUAUAUUACUGGUUAAAAUAUAUUUAUUAUAAAGCAAUUUGAGAUAGAAAAACAAACUCAUUGAGUGUUUGCAAUGACUCUAGGCACUUAUAGAGCUUGUGUUAUUUUUCUUUAUAAAGUGUAUAUGCAUUUCAAUAAAUGAAAUGUAAAAACUUAGUUUCA